AUGCACUCACAACGACAUCCACCGUCGCUGAAGCGAUCUUACUCGGGAGAGAGCCACAGUAGCUAUGCCAGCGCGGCGACUUCGGUGUCGCGUACGAGCUCGAAGUUGCUGUUUGGCGAGAUCCCAUUGACGCCUGCGACUACGAUUGAUGGACGAUUCUUCUUGCGCUUCUGGCUGAACGACUCAUGUCGCGACAAUCUACUUGACCACCUGGAAUCCGAGGACCUUGCCAGUCUGCGUCUGGUCUGCCAUGAUUUCUCAUCACGCGCUGCGCCACAACUCUUUGAGAGCAUCACAUCCACCUUCAAAACUUCGACCUUCUCCAAGCCAGCGCGCGUCGAGGCGCUGUCAAGGAUAGGCCACAAUGUCAAGACCUUCACCUUCCACAUGCCACACAGCUCCGAGACCUUCCUGCCACCAAUAAUUGACCCAAUCACUGGCGAGGAGAAGAAGUUCACCUACGAGCCCCAAAUUCAAAAUAGCCCUGCAAAAGACAAAGCCCCCAAAUACGGCUCCUGGGAAAUGCAAGACCUGCUCGUAAAACAAUACCCCCCUCUCUUCCACGCCGCCACAAAUGUGCUCGCCUUCAUCUCAGCCUUCUCCUCCCUCACGAACCUCUCCCAUUUGAAAAUCUCCUGUCCAGGCUUCCUCUCCGCCCCGCGAAACUGCCGCAGCGCAGUAGACUACGCGUUAAUAUCCCUGCGCAUCGCCAUCGAGCGCGCACCACUGUACACCCUCUCCUCCCUCUCCCUGCACCCCAUUCACCCCGGCGGCCUGCUGUAUCUCCACCCCAUGCUCGGCUUCGGCAGCACAUCCUCGACCUCCAAGCGCUGGGGCCAAAUCCGCCACCUGUCGAUAUGCAUGGAGUCGAUCCCUCUGACAAACUGCUCUCCACGCACGCGCGCGCAAUCCCUCGAACACCUGCGCGUCCUGCACGCCUACCUGCGCACUCUCAGCCGGAGCCUACGCAGUUUAUUUUUCCGCUGGAAAGGCACGCGCGGGCCAUCCCCUCUCUCCCUCGACCAAGAACCCUGCAUGUUGCCGUGUGAAGACCAAUCGAUGCUGCACCCGAGCCAACGCUCCGGCCCGCGCGCACUCAAGUUCCCGCGCCUCAAGACCAUGGAGUUGGAAAACGCGCUCAUGGAUUCCAGCCAGAUCGCGGCUUUUAUCCAUGUCCACCGCCGCUCCCUCACGCAGUUCACCUUUGAAGACGUCAAGCUGCGCGAAGGGGAUUGGGACGCCGCCCUCGAGCCGCUUACGCUCAUUGCGGGGAAUGACAGCUGGAAGCGCAAUCAGGAGGAGGUCAUGGAUGUGCCGAUUAUGCUUAGUCCCGUGGAUGCGGAGCCGCGCAUCAUGGGCACGUUGAUGGAGGAGGUGGAGGGGGCGAUUGAGGAAGUCAGUGGAGGUAGCAGGAGUCAUUUAAGCAGGUGGUUGGGUGGGAAGGGGGGCAAGAGGAGCGGGUUUGGCGGGGAGCAUGUCAAGAGGUUUUUGAGCUCGAGGCUGUCGGGGUGGAAGUAA